AUGACUAUGUCUGCUUGAAGGAUGGUUGGAACUUAAAGAGUUGGGAUGAACUUCUAAUGAGUGACGACGAGGACUCUUCCUUGGGGGAGGGUACGAUCAUAAUCAUCAAACCACAAAUGGAUAGUCAGCCAAUUGAAGAUAAGGAAGAAAUCAAUUUCGCAAUCAAGGCUAACGAUGUGGAUCUAUUGAGGAGACUUCUGCCCCCACCCACCUAUACAGAGUCUCCUCCUUAUACCCUGUUGCCACUAAGCCGCAGAGAUGAGUCAAGGAUCCUGGACCUUGACCGAGCAAAAGUUCCAACAGGGUGGCAUCAGAAGAGAGUCAAAAGGGCCAAACUUUAUGACUCUCGAAUCGGAAAGUCGCGGAAAAAGUGGAACCUGGAAGAGCUCACCUUGCACUCAGAGGAAGCAAGGAAGAAGUUUCUCACUUGGGGAAACACGAAGAUGCUCCAGCCUCCCAUGGUGUUAGACCCUGUUUAUCUGGAUGAACUAGGGCACUGGCAGGACAUCGAUGAGUUUCUGUACAACCCAAAAUGGAGGAUCCUGCUGUUCCUGCAAGCGCCAGCAAGCCUGGAAGUCACCAUUGAGUUUCUUUGCUCUCUCCGCUUCCACAAUGACGGAGAGGAAGUAAAGUCAACAGCUGAAGUCACCUCCACCACCAAGGUCACAUUCACUCUAAUGGGUCGACUGCUGAGCCUUACUGUGGCAGACUUAGGGUGGCUGAUUGGUCUUUACACACUUGACGAGACGCGGAGCUUGGCCUUUGCUAAUCUGCCCGACCAGUUGGAUCCGGAGUUCGAUCACAAGGGAAAGAAGACGCGGAGGAGCAGGAGGAGGCCUGGCAAGGGCCCGCUGAUCGAGGAGGUGUUGGUGGAGGACGUCCCAGAAGGGGAGGACGAUGAGUCCAGUGAGUGUAGAAUCUCGGCCUUCAAACGCUUGGGAGGCGAGGAUACCCGAGUGUCGGCAUUCGAUUGGCUCAACCGCGGACCGGAAGGCCGUCUAGGUGAUCUUCGCCGGCAGAUCUCUGAGGGUAGGCGGAGGAACGCUGAGGAAUCAGCGACCUCGGAUGCGCGCUCGGUGAGACCUGAGCGAACCGAAGGCCGAACGGACGAGCGAACUCAGCGUCGCCAGAGCCCAUCCAGAACCGAGAAGACUAAGGUCCCUGAACGUGGUAUGACUGAGCUUGCGCGCGAGAUUGCCGAGCUCAAACGCCGAGUAGAGACAAAGUCCCCCUACAGCCAGCCCAUCUUGCGCACGGUAACCCCGUUUACACCGAGGGUGAUGUCAGUUCCGCUGCCGACAAACUUCCGUCCGUGGCAGAUCAAGGCUUACAGCGGGACGACGGAUCCCCAGGAUCAUUUGUCAAAGUUCUACGCUUCGAUGGAGGCGGCGGCAGCCACGGACGAGGUCAAGUGCAGGUGCUUCCUCGCGACGCUAGAGGGCUCCGCGUGCGAUUGGUUCAACCGGCUCCAAAAGGGAACCAUUGACGAUUGGGAUACGCUGGCGGAGAAGUUCUUGACGCAUUUCGCGGCCAACCGAAGGCAAAGGCUGCCUUAUUCCCACCUGCUCAACAUAUGCAUCCGCAAGGGAGAAAAGGUCCGCGACUUCAUAGUCCGGUGGGAGAAGGAAGCCAGAGACGUGCAUGGGGCGGAUGACCAGGCGUUGGUUGCCAUGCAAAGGCUGCCUUAUUCCCACCUGCUCAACAUAUGCAUCCGCAAGGGAGAAAAGGUCCGCGACUUCAUAGUCCGGUGGGAGAAGGAAGCCAGAGACGUGCAUGGGGCGGAUGACCAGGCGUUGGUUGCCAUGUUCCAAGCAGCCCUCCCCCGCGGAGAGGUGAGGAAGGAGCUCCGCAAGAAUCCUCCCCCCACGUACCAAGAUACCUUGGCGCGCGCAAAGUUCUUAGCCUCGGAGGAGUUUGAUGACGCCCUGGAAUCCGAGGCCGCGCCGGCUAAGCGAGCUUCAGUAGAUUCGGGAGAGGCCGCGAAGAAGAGGAAGAAGAAGAAAGACUCUACCGCGGGCCCGAGGACGCCCUCGGCCGGAGUAUACUCUGUGGGCGCCCCCGUGGGGGCGGGUCGAGAGCUUGCCCUUUCCCCGCUCCCCCACGUAGAGGCUUACGCGGUGUCCAGCGGAACUAAGUAUUGCGAGUACCAUCGUAACAACACUCAUAACACUAAGGAAUGCUUCACUCUCCAGAAGGAAAUGCAACGACUCAUCGCCCGAGGGCCGCUUCUAAGAGACGACGCGGCUACCCCCUCUCGGGGCCCGCCGGAAGGAAGAACUUGGAGGAAGGCGACUGAGCCAAUCGCAGUGGCGACGCAGGCAAGGAACCCCGAGAAGAGGCACAUCGGGCGGGAGUGCGAUGAUCUGGAUGAAGACGAAGCCCAAGGAUAUCCGGUGGGAUUUAUCCAUGGGGGAAACAUUGGCGGGGACUCCGCCGCUCAAAGGAAGAGGUGGAAGCACAUGGCCUUUGUCGCCAAGGACUUGAGGCCUGUGCGCACUCCUCUCUCCGGAUUCACGGGGGACUCCAUCGAGGCCGAGGGAGUUAUCGCCGUAUCCGUGAUAGUAGGUGAUGGUGCGCACAAGGCGAAGCUGAAGAUGGAGUUUAUGGUUGUGAGCAUCAACUGCGCGCACAACAUGAUCCUGGGGCGGCCCGGCCUUGAGGACUUGGAAUGUGUGAUCUCCCCGUACUACUUGUGCAUGAAGUUCCCCACUCCGUCCGGCAUCGGGGUGGCAAGGGGUGACCAAAAGUUGGCCCAAUCGUGCUACGUAAGAAUCACAAAGAAGUUGCCGAGGGAUGAGACAAUGGUCGUACACGCGCAAGAGGGAAUGCGCAAACUGGAGGCUCGGCCUUCGGCCGAGCCCGCCGAGGAAGUCGAGGAAGUGCCGCUCGACCCACAAGUGCCCGAGCGGAAGGUUAAGGUCGGGGCGACCCUGACGACGAGCCAGCGGAUGCGCUUGGUGGAAGUGCUCGCCGCCUACCGCGUGACUUCACAUGGGGACCUGGGGAUAUGCCGGGGGUGGACCCCAAGAUCAUAUGUCACCGGUUGGCGGUCAACCCGGAAUCUAGGCCGGUACUCGGUGGCCGAAAAGACAGUGCUGGCCGUGGUUUCAACCGUGCAGCGGCUGACGCCCUAUUUCCAAGCUCACCCAGUCCAAGUACUUUCCCAGCAGCCUAUAGGUGCGUUGCUCAGGAGUCCGAACGCGCCCUCUCGCAUGUCCAAGUGGGCGGUGUUCCUUGGAGCCUUCCAGAUCGAGUUCAAGCCAAGGCCAGCGAUCAAGGGCCAAGCGCUGGCCGACUUCGUGGUAGAAUGCACCGCCCGAGAAGAGCCGAGCCCAGAACUUGAAGCCGACGGCUGGUGGACUGUUUUCACCGACGGCUCCUCCGCCGCCAAAAACUCGGGGGGUGGAGUGGUAGUCAUCGCUCCCGAGGGCUUCAGAGCAUAUUACUCAAUCCGAUUCAGCUUCAAGGCAUCAAAUAAUGAGGCGGAGUAUGAAGCGCUCUUGUGCGGUUUACGUCUCGCAGCCGGGAUGAAUGCGACGAAGCUAAGGAUAAAGUGUGAUUCGAAGUUGGUGGUUGGCCAUGUGUCGGGAGAGUUCGAAGCGAAGGACGAAAGAAUGAAAAAAUACAGAGAUACGGCCCUAGAACUACUUAAAAGUUUCACCGCGUAUAGUGUCGAACAGAUCCUUCGGGCGGAGAACGCCGAGGCGGAUAUCUUGUCGAAGCUGAGCUCAGACACGCCCGAGCAUAUUAGGCGAAUGGCGAAUGUGGAAGAGCUUUCCGAGCCGAGCAUCCACGCUUUCCCCGUGGCAAUGAUCUGUGCUCAACCCAGAGAUUGGACGGACGACAUAGUCGCCUUCCUAAAGGAUGGCACCCUCCCAGACGAAUCGAUGAAGGCCAAGUUGGUCCAGACAAGGGCACCGGGGUAUACCUUGGAAGGCGAGAAGCUAUACAAGCGAGCAUACAACGGGACGCUACUUAGGUUCCUCCGACCAGCCGAAGCAAAACAAGUCAUGGAGGAGGUGCACGCCGGAAUCUGCUCCGCCCACCAAGGAGCGAGAAGAGCCGAGCACAGGCCAUGUCCGGAUGCUCUUCCCGGACAAAGGCCUAACCUGCGUAUUCGGCACUACUCCUCAAUAGAAGAGCCGAGCGCAGACCAUGUCCGGAUGCUCUUCCCGGACAAAGUAGAAGAGCCGAGCGCAGAGCAUGUCCGGAUGCUCUUCCCGGACGAAGGUCUAACCUUCGUGCUCGGCACUCCCCCUCAGGAGAAGAGCCGAGCACAGGGAAGAGCCGAGCGCAGACCAUGUCCGGACGAUCUUCCCGGACGGAGGUCUAACCUUCGUGCUCGGCACUCCCCCUCAGGGGAAGAGCCGAGCGCAGACCGUGUCCGGAUGCUCUUCCCGGACGAAGGUCUAACCUUCGUGCUCGGCACUCCCCCUCAGGGGAAGAGCCGAGUGCAGUCCUUAAGGCUAAUGGCGAAAAGCGAAAAAGACUUGAUCAAAUCCAAAUUUUAUUCAUCCCGGAAAACGGGCAAAUACAUGGCACAAACGCCUUACAACAAUUAAACACCUUGCAAUUAAAAGUACGGGUAGACUUCAGUGCAUGCCACAAUUCCACCCCCGCUCGCAAAGACAAGGUGGGGG